UAGGACGCUGGCUUUCUGGGCCGGAAAUUUUCUGAGCUGGACAGUCCGGGAUUCGCAAUGGAGCCGGUGGCGUCCUGGGGUCCUGGGGCGGUGGUGGCGUGGCUGAGAGGCCUGGAUGAGCUGGUACAAGAACACCCUUUUGAGCAGUGGGCCCUAGUGGGCAGUGACCUGCUUCAGCUCUGUCCUCGGAGCCUGGAGGCCCUGGGGGUCUGGCACGUUGGCCAUCAGGAACUCAUCCUAGAUGGGGUGGAACAGCUCCGGACUCUGAGCUCCGGCCUAGAGACUGAAAAUCUCCGGAAACUAACAGAGCAGCUGCGGACCCUGACCCACAAAUUCUGCAGUCUUGUCCCGGGCUGCCUCGGGCCCUGUGGGGAACCUGCCCCAGACCUACUCACGGGAGCCAUCGAGUUGGUCCGAGCAGCUUGGGCCCUUCUCUGCUGGCUCAACAGGUACCUUUUUUCCCAACUCAAUGACUUUUCGGCGUGCCAGGAGGUCGGGGAUUUGUGCAGGGAGCUGGCCCAGGCCCUGCAGGAGGACUCCCCCGUGGCAACGAAGGAAGCCCAGCUCCUGAGGCUCGGGGACAACAUUGUGAGUAUCUGUGACGCCAUUCUGAGCUUCAGUCCCGAGGACCUGCUGGAUCAGCUGGCCAUCUUGGAGCUGGUGGAGCUGCGAGCCCGACACCCAGAGGAGCCCCUGGGCCUGGAAAUCCUCAGCACCAGCAGCUGCCACCACUUUGUGUCUGGAACGGCCCCAGAGUCUCCUGCCGACGGCUGUUCCCAGAUCUUGCUGGGAGACGAGAUCGUUCAGGUCAACGGGCAGGUGGUGGUGGGCUGGCCCCGGGCCAGCUUGGACAGGCUGCUGCUCCAGGACCCCGCCCUGCUCAGACUGAUGCUGAAGACUGUUCCUGUGCCCAAGUCUGCCCCUCAGAGCCCCUUGGAACCAAUCACCAGCUCCAGGAACCAAUCAGCAGCCUCGGCGCCCCCCUCUCCAAGAGCCUCAGAAGAAAAUGGUUCUACCUUCGCCUUUGACCAGAGUCCAGAACCAAGAGUCCCCAGCUCCUCCGAGGCAGGCCCGACCGCACCUUCAGACUGUGGCACUAGCUGGGGCUCUGACGAGGCACGCCGCUCCCCCAGCGCCCCAGACCCCCCUCCAGCAGCCCAGCCAGUCAUGGGGGAAAUUGCGGGUCACGGAUCGCCGGAGCCCCCGGACAAGGGUCCUUCCUGCAGCCCCAAGAAGUCCAAAGCCAAAGGGGUGGCGACGCGGCUGAGCCGCAGGCGGGUGUCGUGCCGGCAGCUGGGCCAGCCGGACUGCGACGGGUGGCUGCUGCUUCGGAAGGCGCCCGGGGGCUUCAUGGGCCCCCGCUGGCGCCGGUGCUGGAUGGUGCUCAAGGGCCACACGCUCUACUGGUACCGACAGCCUCAGGACGAGAAGGCUGAAGGGCUCAUCAAUGUCUCCAACUACAGCCUGGAGAGUGGCCGAGACCAGAAGAAGAAAUAUGUGUUCCAGCUCACCCAUAACUUGUACAAGCCUUUCAUCUUCGCCGCAGAAACCCUGGCUGACUUGAGCAUGUGGGUGAGCCGCCUGGUGACCUGCAUUUCCAAGUACCAGUCCCACAGCCGAGGGCCUGCGCCCAGAGAGGAAGACUGCUACAGCGAAACCGAAGCCGAAGAUCCAGAUGAGGAAGCAGGGUCCCGGCCCGCCUCGCCCAGCCCUGGGGGAGUCUGGAGCUCUCCCCAUGGAGAAGCCUCCCCGUCGGCCACCCCCCCGCAAGGCAGCCCCCAGGUGGCCCACAGCCCUUUGACAGACAGCAGCAGUGACGGAGCCCUGGAGCACCUGGUGCGGGGCCUGCUACAGGGAGGGGUGUCCCUGCUGGGCCGCCCACAGUUCUUGACCCAGGAGCAGUGUCGCAGCUCCUUCCUGCGCCGUGCCCGGGACCCCCAGCUCAACGAGCGGGCCCAUCACGUGCGAUGUCUGCAGAGCACGCUCAAGGCAAAGCUCCAGGAGCUGCAGGUCCUGGAUGAGGUGCUGAAUGACCCCACACUGACUUCUGAGAAGUUUCGGAGGUGGAAAGAGAAAAACCAGGAGCUGUACUCAGACAGGCCUGGGGGCUGGGCUGGGGCCGAAGGCCCCCUCUGUCCCUCCACCUCUAAACCUGCGGACAGUGCUGCUUGUGACUCCAAAGAGCACCCGCCUCCUGACCCCCUGUGCCCAAGACCCCCCGACCUUUGACUCUGGGGAUGGGUCUCUGACCCAGGGAGUUCCCAACCCCUCAGUAAGUAGAAUUAUCUACCUACCACCAGACUUCUGAGCUCCCCCACUCCGCCCAGCUUUGUCCAGGGCAGGGUCCUCACUGGGGUCUGAAUAGAAGCCAUCACCGCCUCCGCCCCCAGUUUCUUGACCCCCAGGCUGCUGGGCCGAUGACACGUCUGUUUCCUGCUUCACAGACCUCAGCUGAACCCCUUCUCCUUUUCUCCCUCCCUCGCGCCCCCCAAUGGUCCAGCCUAUUUGCUUACACUCAGAGCCCCCACAUGCUGCCAGAAUUGUCCGAGGAGGGGGAGAGAGCCUCGUGUCGUGGGAGAGCUCCUCUUGUUACCCAAGGAGGAAGAUGAGAGAGCCCAGAGGCGGUAACGGGCUUGGACGGAGAGGGGCCGAGGGACCUGAGCCCCUCUUCUGGUCAUGGAGACAGCCGCAGGGGUCAGCCCUCCCCCCGCCCUGCCCAGCUGGCACAGGCGUACCUCACUUUCUAGAAUGGCUGCAUUUCAACGCAUUAAAAUAUUUACUCCCGUU